AUGAGGCUCAAAUUUGAAUUGCCACUUCAGGACCAAACUGAGAAGGAAGGUAACACUGCUCGGUUUGAGCUUGAGCUCUCUCAUGAGAAUGUACCUGUGACAUGGUACAAAAAUGAAACCAAACUCCAUGUGAGCAGAACCGUGCUCAUCUAUAGUCGUGGAAAGAAACAUACACUAGAAAUCAAGGAGUUGACUCUAGAUGAUAUCUGCCAGAUUAAGGCAGAGGCUAAAGGAAUUCCCUCAAUGGCAAACCUGACGGUGAUAGGUAACCCCUGCUUUGUUCCUUUAUUCAAAUUGUUUGUUUCUUUGUUGUGAUUGAAAUCCUUGAAAUCAUUUAAGGAUUUGCACCAUGCUACAGUAGAUAAAUGCAGAAUGCAAAACACUUAUCCUCCUGAUGACUUUUCCAUGUUCCAGAGGGUGAUGCAUACUUCGUAGUGAAGUUGCAGGAUUAUACUGCAGUCGAGAAAGACGAAAUAACUCUGGACUGUGAACUCAGCAAAGAUGUCCCAGUCAUGUGGUACCAUAAUGAGACUGAAAUUAAGGCCUCUAAGAUGGUAACCAUAAGGGCUGAAGCGAAUCGAAGAGUGUUGUCCAUUAAGAAACUGGAUGACAGAGAUAAGGGUCAAUACGUAUGUGAUUGUGGAACGGACAAAACCAUGGCAAAUAUUAACAUUGAGGGUAAGCAAUUACAAAUGUUUGUCAUGCAACAAACAUUUAUUUUGAGAACGUUCUUGCGUUUGUUCUUGUAAUUGUAAUGUUCUCAAUCCUGAAUUGCAGCUCGAGAUAUAAAGAUAACUCGGCCAAUGUAUGGUGUUGAGCUCUUUGAUGGUGAGACCGCUCGCUUUGAGGUGGAAAUCUCAGAAGAUGAUGUCCAUGGCCAGUGGAAACUGAACGGAGAAAUCCUUACUCAAUCACCUGUAUGUUACAUAGACCAAAUAAUUCUCACUGUUGUUUUACCAUUAUACCAUUCAUAUCCAUUACAUGAUCAUCCAUUCACAUCCAUUACGUUAUCUUUAAAUAUUACACUGAAACAGCCUAUAGCGUUCUCCUCCUCCUUCCUCCCUUUCCUCUUCGUCUUCAUCUAAUCUGGACUAUUUUCUACAUACAUUUUACCACCAUUUACAGGACAUUGAAAUCAUAGAGGACGGUGCAAAGCACACGUUGAUAUUGUACAACCUCAAGGCCCCCUUGUCAGGGGAGAUUGGAUUUACAGCUGCCAAUGCUAAAUGUGUUGCUAAUCUGAAAGUGAAAGGUGAGAUUAAAAAAGAAACAUUUGGUUGGUGAUCUUAUCUGAUGAUGUAAAUGUAAAUACUUUCAGUGGUGGUAUUCUACGCAUUGCCACGAUGCCACAUUAUCUCUGUUUCCUUCUGAAUUACAGAGAGUCCAAUUACAUUUGUCACACCUUUGAGUGAUGUGCAAGUGUAUGAAAAGGAUGAGGCCAGAUUUGAGUGCGAGGUGUCAAGAGAACCCAAGAGCUUCCGUUGGUUCAAGGGAUCUCAUGAGUUGACAGCUGAUGAUAAGUUUGAUAUUAUCCAUGAGGGAAAGAGACACACUCUGGUGGUCAAAUCUGCCGCAUAUGAGGAUGAAGCUAAGUACAUAUUUGAGGCAGAGGACAAGAGAACCACUGGCAAACUAGUUAUCCAAGGUAAUCUGAAGAUAUUGUUCUGUGCUUCCUGUUUAAAUCCUGAUUCAAUUCAUUACAAGUGACUGAAAUUGAUCUUCUCACGAUGACGAUGAUUUAAUUUCUUAUGAAUUGAAUGUCUUAUCAGGAAUUCGCCUUGAGUUUGUCAAGCCCAUUAAGGAUGUCACUGUCAAGGAGCGUGAGACGGCAGAGUUCAGUAUUGAAUUCUCACAUGACAACAUCCAGGUCACAUGGUACAAGAACGGUGUGCGUUUGCAUCCCAGCAAAGUUGUGCACAUGUCAGACGAUGGCAAGAUGCACAAAUUGACCUUCAAGGAGGUGUCCAUUGAUGACACAUCCAUGAUCAAAGUAGAAGCCAUGGGCAAAAGCUCAGAGGCCAUGCUCACAGUCCUCGGUUAGUAUACCGUUAAAAUUCUUGAAACGUUCAAUCACAACAAAUCUAUAGAAUCUAUAGAUGGAAAUAAGCUGUUGGCGAAACAGGUGAGUUACCGUUGUCGAAAGUGAAAUAUCACACACACAACUCAUCAUGGUUUCUUUUUCAUCAACAGAGGGAAAGCCUUACUUCACGACAAAACUGCACGACUACUCAGUCACUGAGAAGGAUGAACUGACAAUGGUUUGUGAACUGAGCAAGCCCAAUGCAGAGGUGAAAUGGUUCAAAGGUGGCCAGCAAAUCACUCCCUCCAAGAACGUGGCCAUCAAAGCCGAUGGAAAGAGGCGUAUGCUGAUCAUUAAGAAGACAGAGAAAGCCGACAUUGGAGAAUACACCUGUGAUUGUGAUUCGGACAAAACCACGGCCAAACUCAACAUUGAAGGUAGCCUUUAGUGUUUUUAUCUCAGCAUUUGAGGGUUGCAGUAUGUAUUUUGUUUCAUUCAUACAAACACUUGUCUUUGUGUUUCUUCUACAGAGCGUGACAUUAAGUUUGUCAGGCCCCUGUACAGCGUGGAAGUCACAGAAACUGAAAUUGCCAAGUUUGAGACUGAGAUCUCUGAGGAGGAAGUACAUGGUCACUGGAAACUCAAAGGAGAGGCCCUUCAUCAGUCUGCUGUAAGAAAAUAUCCAUAUUAUUAUUACUACAUAAUUGGACGUUCCUUACUACGUUUCAUAGCGGCUGAGAAAGAGACAGAGAACAAAAACAUAUAUAUAUAUAUCACUUGAUGAUGAUCACUUAGUAACUGUUUGUGUAUUCUCUUUCAAGGACUGUGAGAUUAAGGAGGAGGGUACAAGGCAUGUGCUGAUCCUGUACAACGUUCGCAUGGAUCAGGCCGGAGAAGUUGACUUCCAGGCUGCCAAUGCUAAAUCCAAUGCUCAGCUUAGAGUUAAAGGUGAGAAUUAUUUAACACACUCACACAUUUAUCUGACAAUUAGAUAAGCACUGAUUUGUUAAAGCCACACUCUGUAAGAUAUGCAUACCAUCAAGUGGGCCACCAACAAAAACAUUUAAGAAUCCAAUAACGUUUGUUUAACCCUCCCGUUGUCCUAGGGUCAAAAUGACCCGCCACUGUGUUGAACCAACUUUAUUUAAUUUUUAUAUUUUUGGGAUCGUUUGUGAGAAGGAGGCAGUGAGACUUUAAAGAAAGUAUCACUGCCUCCUUCUCACAAAUGAUCCAAAAAAUAUAAAAAUUAAAUAAAGUUGGUUCAACACAGUGGCGGGUCAUUUUGACCCUAGGACAACGGGAGGGUUAAAUUAUCCUUAGGAGUACAUUUGAUCAGUAAAAAUGUGUUUAUGGUGGGUUUGAAUGAUACAUUGUCCCAACUGUUGGUUGAAUACAGUGGGGGAAAAAAGUAUUUAGUCAGCCACCAAUUGUGCAAGUUCUCCCACUUAAAAAGAUGAGAGAGGCCUGUAAUUUUCAUCAUAGGUACACGUCAACUAUGACAGACAAAAUGAGAAUUUUUUUCUCCAGAAAAUCACAUUGUAGGAUUUUUUAUGAAUUUAUUUGCAAAUUAGGGUGGAAAAUAAGUAUUUGGUCAAUAACAAAAGUUUCUCAAUACUUUGUUAUAUACCCUUUGUUGGCAAUGACACAGGUCAAACGUUUUCUGUAAGUCUUCACAAGGUUUUCACACACUGUUGCUGGUAUUUUGGCCCAUUCCUCCAUGCAGAUCUCCUCUAGAGCAGUGAUAUUUUGGGGCUGUCGCUGGGCAACACGGACUUUCAACUCCCUCCAAAGAUUUUCUAUGGGGUUGAGAUCUGGAGACUGGCUAGGCCACUCCAGGACCUUGAAAUGCUUCUUACGAAGCCACUCAUUCGUUGCCCGGGCGGUGUGUUUGGGAUCAUUGUCAUGCUGAAAGACCCAGCCACGUUUCAUCUUCAAUGCCCUUGCUGAUGGAAGGAGGUUUUCACUCAAAAUCUCACGAUACAUGGCCCCAUUCAUUCUUUCCUUUACACGGAUCAGUUGUCCUGGUCCCUUUGCAGAAAAACAGCCCCAAAGCAUGAUGUUUCCACCCCCAUGCUUCACAGUAGGUAUGGUGUUCUUUGGAUGCAACUCAGCAUUCUUUGUCCUCCAAACACGACGAGUUGAGUUUUUACCAAAAAGUUCUAUUUUGGUUUCAUCUGACCAUAUGACAUUCUCCCAAUCCUCUUCUGGAUCAUCCAAAUGCACUCUAGCAAACUUCAGACGGGCCUGGACAUGUACUGGCUUAAGCAGGGGGACACGUCCGGCACUGCAGGAUUUGAGUCCCUGGCGGCGUAGUGUGUUACUGAUGGUAGGCUUUGUUACUUUGGUCCCAGCUCUCUGCAGGUCAUUCACUAGGUCCCCCCGUGUGGUUCUGGGAUUUUUGCUCACCGUUCUUGUGAUCAUUUUGACCCCACGGGGUGAGAUCUUGCGUGGAGCCCCAGAUCGAGGGAGAUUAUCAGUGGUCUUGUAUGUCUUCCAUUUCCUAAUAAUUGCUCCCACAGUUGAUUUCUUCAAACCAAGCUGCUUACCUAUUGCAGAUUCAGUCUUCCCAGCCUGGUGCAGGUCUACAAUUGUGUUUCUGGUGUCCUUUGACAGCUCUUUGGUCUUGGCCAUAGUGGAGUUUGGAGUGUGACUGUUUGAGGUUGUGGACAGGUGUCUUUUAUACUGAUAACAAGUUCAAACAGGUGCCAUUAAUACAGGUAACGAGUGGAGGACAGAGGAGCCUCUUAAAGAAGAAGUUACAGGUCUGUGAGAGCCAGAAAUCUUGCUUGUUUGUAGGUGACCAAAUACUUAUUUUCCACCAUAAUUUGCAAAUAAAUUCAUAAAAAAUCCUACAAUGUGAUUUUCUGGAUUUUUUUUUCUCAUUUUGUCUGUCAUAGUUGACGUGUACCUAUGAUGAAAAUUACAGGCCUCACUCAUCUUUUUAAGUGGGAGAACUUGCACAAUUGGUGGCUGACUAAAUACUUUUUUCCCCCCACUGUAAGUACAGCCCCAUGUAAGUAGGUGUCAAAAGUUUGUUUUACAAGGGAGGACUAAAGCCAUAAAUGUGUCAUAAAAAGUGUUGAGGUUUGGAUGUCAAUUCUGGCACACGUUUUAUAUAUCUAAAUAUAUACUUGCUUACAAAACACCCAGGGCCUGGUUAUGCAAUACAACUCUUAGCCAUGAUGCAGAUUCUUUUUUAAAGUUUGGUAAAAGCCCACCCCGACAUUCUCCUUUUCCUGGAGAAUUCCGACAGGUUGAUUGACAGGGACAGAUUGCCUAGCCGAUGGUUUGGCAGGGCGUGGGCUAAUGGCCAAUCAGGUGUUGUGGCUAUUUUAGAAGCCACAUGCCUUAUCUAGAGUGGGCGGUUAGUGAUUGGCAGAGGUACAACAUGCCUUCCUUCAAAGUUUUCUGCUGACUUUAUACAUCUCAAGGAAACUGAGUAUGCAAAUGAGAAAGGCCCUCUAGGUUAGUCCAGUUGUCCUGGUGGAUUACAGGACUCUAGAGCAGUGGCCGGCCGUCAGGGGAUCCGCAAAAUGAGGAUUAUCAGUUAAGGAUUUACCUGUUUCGCUUGAGAUUUUGGAGUGACUAACGAUGUCUUCUCCUCAAUCUAAAGCGCGGGUGAUUGGCCUGCUGCGGCCGCUCAAGGAUGUUACUGUUACUGCCGGGGAAACCGCCACUUUCGACUGUGAACUGUCAUAUGAAGGAAUUGCUGUGGAAUGGUUCCUAGGGGGCACAAAGUUGGAGCCAAGUGACAGAGUAAGUGUUUAUACCAUCUUCAAUAUUUAUGUUAUCACAACACUGACACUCCUUCAAGUAAUUGAUAUGGAAACAUGCCAAGACUUAGAACUGUAAUUAUAAACAACCGUUUUUCAAUAUGGCUGACAAAUACAUGUUGUCAUGGAAUUUACUACCUGGAUUAUCAGCUAUUAUCAUAUCCCAAAUGUUUUAACUCUUAAUUUUAUUCCAACUGUUUUUUUAAUUUAAAUGGAUCUUAGAUUUUCCUGUUGCAUUAUUUACGUUUCUACAUUUUGUUAAAAUGUUCUUGCAUGUGCAACCUACAUGCUUUCUGCAUAUAACGACCUGUGAGGAUCAGGAUUCCAGUUGAGGAUUUGAUCUGGGUUUUGAGAUAACGCAGGAGGGAUUUUCUGCCCUUCAACCGUUCUUCUGGCUAUUUUUAACCGCUUCAAAUGUGUACGUCCAAUGGCAGGUGGUUUGAAGAGCUAUUUCAUAAUUAUAAUUUCAAAAUCUGAAAUGAGUUGUAAUUUAAUGUACAAAUUUGCUUUGAUUUGCUUUGAGUGAUCCGUUAGUCCUGUGCAUAUCUAUGUAUUGUCUAAUUAUUUAAUUAAUUCCUGUGGGUUUGAAGUGUGAAACGUUAUAAGAUAGGUUGAUUAAGAUGUUGUGUUGCCUUGUUUCCCGUGACCAAUUUUAAUGAUCAUUCACAGCCUUGAUACAUUGAUGUGUUGCCAUACACAAUAUUCACGAAAUUGUAUUACUUUGAGGGUAACUGUGAUGACUUUUGUUCCACUAAAAGUCUUACAUGUACAAUAAUAUAUUCUGGAAUAUGUAGGCUAUUAUUUUAAAGUGGCCACGUCUGAAUAGCUCAAAACAUUAUGAUUUAUGCUGUCAGGGGUUGUUUGAAAAAUCUGAUGUCAUUUGUACUGUUAUAAUUAUGAUAUAACAGUCUGAAGAUGUUGUUUUAAAGUGGCUGUUUAAAGUUAUUUGAAAUCUCUUAUGAAAAAGAAUAUACAGUCUACCUUGCAAUAGAUACAGCUAAAUAACUGCUAUGAUCUUCAUGUUUUCACAUAUGGUUAUGUCAAUUGGCAUGCCAUGACUAUUUGUAAUGGGGAAAAAACAAUAGAACCUAUGACUGUGAUUGCUGUACCACUGUACCAUAAGCGGUAGUCCUAUAUUGUUUACAUUUAAGAGGAAAGUGUUGACUUUAUGGAACACCUACUAUAAAGGACUGGGGAAGUUUUGUAGCUUAGUGGUUAAGAGCGUUGUGCCAGUAACCGAAAGGUCGCUGGUUCUAAUCCCUGAGCCGACUAGGUGAAAAAUCUGUCGAUGUGCCCUUGAGCAAGGCACUUAACCCUAAUUGCUCCUGUAAGUCGCUUUGGAUAAGAGCGUCUGCUAAAUGACUAAAAUGUAAAAUGUAAAAAUGUUUUGUCUUAGUUAACCACCUCACCCAAGCUUUGGGAAAGUGGAGCAGUCAGGUGGCAACAGGAGUUAAAAUGGAGCCUAGGGCCCCUUCAGUCCCUUGUCACCAGCUGCUGAUGUUCAUUCAGGGGAAGAAGUAAAUAGCUUGACCACCCAUAGCUGUCACUGUCCCCCUGAUUAAUCAAACUGUUUGAUUUGCACAGGUGGUCACCCGAGCAGAAGGCAAAACUCACACUCUAACUCUCAGAGAUGUCAAGAUUUCAGAGGAUGGGGAAGUUAAACUCACUGCAAAGGAUUUCCAGAUUGAGGCCAGACUACAUGUGAAUGGUAGGUUGCGCUUUGUGGUAUUUAGUUGUGGUUGUAAUGGAGAUUUUUGCCCCCAACUGCUCUCUUAACCAACAUGGAGACCUGUUUUUUUGUUAAUUUGAUAAGGUUAAAUAACAAUAUAGUUGCAAUAUUUACUCUAUAAAGCAUACUGGACAGAUAAAUAUGGUGCUAUAUAAACCAGGUUCAUAGUAACGUAAUGAUUCCCAAAAUUGUGUGUAUUUACCCUGCAUUUACAUAGGUAGGCAGAGUAUAAGUACUGUGUGAGUACACAUUGUGACAUAGAUUCAGAUUUCUUUAGACAAUGUUUGUCUCCUUGAUGCAAAGCACAGACAGCAAUGUAAGUGGGCCAGGUGUGAAUGUUGUGGGAGCAUAAUGUACCCAACCAGUCUGAAUGAAAUGAGAAGCCCAUCCACGUCCCAUUAGAAAAUAAGUAUGUGUUAAGUAUGAGAUGAGAGCCUGUGAGACAGUCGUGUAUGCUUUUAUAACAGUGUAGGUUGAGGAAUUGAAGACAUAUAAAACAAUGUAUUCCUUGCAUAAUGACGGUAUAGCGAUAUGCCUUGCAAUAUCACAAUAUAACUGUGUAAUAUAAAACAAUGAUUUAAGGGUGAGGAGAGGUGACCCACAAUGUUAAGUUUGUAUACAAAUGUAUUAAAAGUAUCAAUAGGUACAGUAAUUGCAGAAACAACAAACAGGUUGAAGGAAUGACGUAACGUAAUGUGCAGCUUACACUGUAACUGUACCUGCCUUUGUAACUACCAUGUCAAAACAUUUUUGGGUUUUAGGCCACUUAAUCUAAAGAGGGGCCAUAACAAUAAUAAUAGUUGGUGGCAAUGAUAGAAUUUGGUCAAAUUAGUUUGUUGGCUUCCUAAGCUUUUAUGAUAUGUAAAGCACAAGUCGUCAUGUGUAAUUCAUGUGUGACCUCACAGAGCCACCAGUUGAGUUCAGCAAGCCUCUGGAGGACCAGACAGUUGAGGAAGAGGCUACUGCUACUUUGGAGUGUGAAGUCUCCAGAGAAAAUGCUGAGGUCAGGUGGUUCCAGGACGGACAGGAGAUCCGCAAAACUAAGAAAUAUGACAUUGUUGCCGAUGGCCGCAAGAGAAGACUAAUCAUUCAUGGCUGCACUCUUGAUGAUUCAAAAACAUAUACCUGCGACGCCUCAGAAUUCAAAACCUCUUGCUUCCUUAACGUUGAACGUAAGUAAAGUAUAGAUUAAAAACCUUUUUUAUUGUUUGUUUGUUUGUUUGUUUGUUAAAGUAUAAAUGAAAAACCUUUGAUAUUGUUUGUUUGUUAAGACUACACGUUGGUGUAUUUGGCAUACUGGUAUAUUAAUACUAUGACCGUGUCCUUACAGCUCCACAUGUUGAGUUCUCUAAGCCACUCCAUGAUGUUGAGGUCAAAGAAAAGGACUCUGCCAGAUUUGAAUGUGAAGUAUCUCGCGAAAAUGUCAAGGUAAUGAUUCCUGAACCUUCACCCCCUACCUCCCCGACCCUACCACGCUCCCCAUCCCAACACAACACAUGCGCGCACACACACACCUCUUGUCUUCAAAUGCACAUACAAACACACCUUCGUAUAACAAUAUAAUAUAGUUGCAUGUGGAGAUACAAAAUAUAAUAUUUAGACUGAGAGUUGGUUGUUUUUCCUGUCUUACACCAUUUUUCAUACUUGUGCGCUGCUGUUACAUUUUGCUCCCUUAAUUGUUUCCUUCAUAGGCUUGAUCGGUACAUCUUAAUAUUAUUGUACUGUCAUUGUAAUGUCUUUGUUUUAUGGCUGUUUCUGUAAACAGGUCCGUUGGUUGAAGGACAGCAGUGAAAUCAGAAAGGGAAAGAAAUAUGAAAUAAUCGCCAAAGGUCGCCAACAUAUCCUCAUCAUCCACAAAUCAGUGUUUGAUGAUGAAGCAGAAUAUGAAUGUGACGCAAAG